CCGGCCGUCCGUUUUGAACGGUGCUGUAGAAUGGGCGUUGCUCCGAUUACAACGAGUCCCGGAAGGUCCAUCAUGUCACCCGUUAUCCUAAGACCUAAACCACGCUUCGCCUAUGUCAAAUACGCGUCGUGCCGCGGCUUCGCCUCCUACCGAGUCUUCAUACACAUGGUCCGUCGGUGUCCGAUCUGCGUGAGGGCGGCCGAUUAAACAAACAAACAGGAAGGAAAAGAUGAGGGGUGUCAGGAAAAAAAAGAAAGAGAACUGCUGAAGCACCACGCGGUGGAUUCUCGCGCGUUUGACGCGCGGCUACGCUGCGACUCUGCCACCGGGGAACGGGUCCGUGUGUAAUAUGCCGCGACCGAACGCGGCGGAUCAUCGACAACGCGGUGGUCUGACAUAACCGCAAAAUCCUCCUGUGACCGCAUCGCGUUUCGGCGGCGUCCAGCCUUCGACAACACUCUCCCCGAAUGCGGGGAACAAAGUACCCGACCGCUCGACGGAUGCACACGCAUUUCUGAAGUUUUCUCGCCGCACGUGAGUUCCAGGCUGAAACGCGUAUGAUGAAAGGGUCUCGUUAGUAUGCUGGAUAAGCGGCGGCUUCAUGCAUCCGCUUCGUCGCCAUGGACCCUGAUCUUCGUGGUCGCCUUGGCCCUGACUGGAUGCUUUUCGUUCUGGUUGCGCAUCGACGGCCCCAUGACGCCGUACGCUGGCGGCGCGACAGCGCCCGGCUAUCUGUUGCUGUUCCCCGCGAACGUGACGCCCUCCCCCCAGCCGUACUUGCUGAACGAACUUCCGUUCGGUGACAAAUCGAGCCUGAUCGACAUAAAGGAUUUCAGGUUCACGAUCAACCACGAUCCGUGCAACCGGACGCACCCGUUGCUGCUGAUGCUCGUCCACUCGGCGCCCGAGAAUUUCCUCAAGAGGAACGUUGUCCGCGAGACGUGGGGCCAACAGUCGACGGACGUCGUGCUCCUCUUUCUAGUCGGCUCGUCCGAUGAGCAUCAGACCAGCCUCGAGGUGGAGAAUAGGAAAUACAAAGAUUUGAUACAAGGCAACUUUCGCGAUGCCUACAGAAACAUGACUUACAAGCAUGUGAUGGCGUUGAAGUGGGCUACGUAUCAUUGUCCAAGUGCCAAAUAUAUACUAAAAUUAGACGACGAUGUUUUUGUUCAUAUUCCCGCCAUGUUGGAUUUCUUGACGCGCGACCUGUCACCGUGGGGCGCCAGGAGGUUGAUCCUCUGCGACCUCCUCUCCAUGGCCACCGUGAAGAGGUCCUGGCGCUCGAAAUGGAGGGUCUCGCCCCAGGAGUAUCCUGGUAAACGUUAUCCCGCGUACUGCGCCGGAUGGGCUAUACUGUACUCCCCCGAUAGCGUGUUUCUUUUGUAUCGCGAAGCCCAACGGGAGCCAUACUUCUGGAUCGACGAUGUCCACGUGACUGGGACUUUAGCUAGGAAAGUAAAUUUAACUCAGACCUCACUGCAUUAUCUGGUGCUAACCAACGAGAACAUGCAGGAGCUUCUGUCCAACCCGAGCUCUCGUAGGGAGUUUCUCUUCGGACCUCCUAACCUAACGGAAAACGAAAUAAGAGCCUUACAGAAUCUGGUCACUAAACCACGGCCUAACAGUGAAAGCCUACUAAACUGAAAACAUCCACCGGAAUCCCUUGGUUUUCGAACGUGCAACACAGGAGAACCCGCCCGGCGUUCGAAUGCGUUGGAUAAUUCCAAAUUCUUCGUUUCCUUUCUUUCGCACCAGUAAUUACGUUGCGGUUAGAAACUUAUCAAAGGAUCCUUUAUCAGACAUUGACCCUCCUCCUCCUCUUCCUCCUCCCCGUCCUUCAAAUUUAACCCGCCGUGCUGAUAUCCAUUUCCUUAUGAAUCAUUGUACUCUUGCAUGACAGUUUGGUGUUACGGUGGCGUAUAAAUGUGUGUACUUACUUACAUAUCUACUUGUUUUCUCGAACGGAGGUUCAUUUAGACGUUAACGAGACGCGUGUAAAUGAACGUUUGCUCCGAAGGUGUUCGCGACUUCACGCGGAACGGAGCGAUCCCUCGUGGAGUCCAUAUACAAUUCGUACAUAUCUUGUCAUAUCACCUGCGGCUCAUUUACAUCUAAUUAAUAAUCUUAAUUUCUAUCAUUAACAGAAGUUCGAAAUACGGAUGAUGGGCUCGUUAACACCCUUGUACAUAGGCGGCUCCCAUGCCGCGCAGCGUGUGGCUCCGUGAAUGAAAUGACAGACGACGAAAGUAAGCGAUGGUUUAUAGAAAUCAGAUUCGUGAGAGAAAAUUU